AUGUGGAAUCGGAAGAAACUUUCUAGUUGUAUUGAGCAAUUGAACACAGCGUUAAUCCUUGCGGCCACACUGUUCCUGCAUGUGCAUCCCAAAAGUGCUCUAGAAAUCGAACAUCCGCAUAGCUUUUCCGUGUUCAAACGUGGCGUGAUGUUGGGUGAUGUGUCGUACAGCUACUCAUCGACGGAUAUGGGUUCGCCGGAAAGCGGUCGCUACAAAACGGUGACGGUGAUUAAAAACAUUGCCGUCCCGAAACCGACCAGUACGAUGUUCAGCGAUCGAUCCGAGCAUUUUUACGAUACGAUCGAAAAAAGCUCCACCGCAGGCCACGGACAUAAGAAACGCACCCAUGUGGAAUACUGGCCACCGAAAGAGGACAACCAAGUUAGCCACCACCAGCAUACGAGCAGCCUGCAGAAACCAGAGCUGGAGCGGCAUAAGACCAGCAGUAAUACACACCCUCCAUCGCAUAAUGGAAGCAAAUAUCGGGGUCGGCCGCAGACCACGCCAUCCCACAAACCGCCAGCAAUUAAAGAGCAUGUGCAGGAGGAGCCCAAGCACCCGGUCGAACUGCUCGAGCUGGCAAAAUCGGCAGUUGAAACGCUCAACCAAAAGGCAAAGAUCGGUGGUACGAACACAGGUCCUGUGACCUUCCCAGCCGACGCCACAAAGAUGAAGAAAAAGAUUAACGGAAUCGUCAGUGUUGCCAAAGAGUACACCAGCAUCCUGACAACGGACCCGAAGGAUCGACAGCCCAUCGCAAGCAAACUGAGAACGAAGGUAGACCUACCGACCAAGGCACCGACGAUGCAACCGACCUCCACUUCCAGCGAGGAGAUCCCGCUGAAAGAGCUCGAGCAGUCCGAGUACGUAUUCAACCACCGAACGGGAGCGUUCGAGUUCAAAAAAGCGUCCAAAGCACCGAAGGCUGUCCAAGAGUAUCUCCGUGCCGGUCCCUAUGGUGGAUACAAGAUACAACCAACGUCUUCGAAAGAGGAAACCGAUGAGCCAUCGAUGGGCCAGGAUGAUACCAACACGUACAGCAGCCCCGCGGAGCUACUGUUCGCCGAGCUUCGGAACGCCGUAGCCACGCGAAAUGUAACGAUGAUCAAAUCGCUCGCUAGUCAGCUGGAAGAAACGUUCGACGUGGGGAAGAUGGAUUUUGAGUCGCUGAAAAUGGAAGACAUGGACCGACGACCGACGGCGGAACCGACGAUGAUGGUGAUGAUGAUGGAGACAACAACCGGUCGACCACCGUUCGAUUUCGGGUACGGAUCGGAGACGACGACCAUGGACUAUCAGGAGGCUGCUACGGAAGCUGCCGUCGCCAGCACGACCAUAAGGGCAACUACAACUAUACCGACCACGACGAAAAAACCCCUUCGAUACAUUGCACCUAAACUACGCGGAUUCAAACGAUUCUCUUCCAAGCGACAGAGCAACUAA